AUGGCUGUCGGCUAUCAUGGCUUAGUACUCGCUUCAGGCCGUAGCUGCUCAAAUGUUUGUUUAACCGACACGACGGGACAAAUUUAUCAACCCAUAGAGUACCGCACCGGUGGAGACACUGUCCCGCUUGACCAGAACGGUCGGGCAGAAUGCGGAGUGGCCACAGACACCGUCUCGAUACAGGGUCGCGCCGUCUCCAAGCAGGAGUUUAUGCUCCGCCAUAGCUACGGCGAGGCUCUGGCCUCCCAACUCGCUGACGGAAUCCUGGGCAUUGGUUUCAAUGACAUCUCAGCUUGGGAUCAAACCGGGAAUUUCACCUAUGUUCCCUUUCUAGCCGGUCUAGUCGGCGAGGGACAGCUCCCAAACAGAAUCGUUGGCCUCGCUCUCGGACCUGGUGGUAAGAAGCACCAGGAGCGUGGCCCCGAAGCCUCCAUCGGGGACGCCGACUGUGCGCGCUAUCGCGGCCGCAUCAAGAAUGUCAACGUUGAUGAAACCCUCACUACUCUCUCGGGUACGUUUAUAGUAGACGUGCAAGCUGCCUACAUUGGUUCCGGAAAUAACAAGCAGUUAUGGCGUAACUCAACCAACGACAAUAAGCCACUCACGCCGGGCGCUUCCGUCGUCGACUCGGGAACCGCCUACAUGCUGGUCUCUGACCGACAAACCGCCGAGGAUCUCUACUCAAACAUCUCCAAGGACAUCGUCCUCCUCGGUGAUAAGGGCCCAUGGGGUGCCAGUUGUACCACCUUGGAUAAGGUGGCAACGGACAUUACUUUUACUAUUGGGACCGAAACUGGAGGCAAGGUGAUUGAUGUGAUCAUGCUCAAGAGUGCAUUCAACCUCGGCGAGUACCCUGGAAAGGAAAGGCAUCUGUCAAGCAGCAUUUUCCCACUUUGA